GUUCUGAAGAUGGCAUAGUAGCAAAGGCACCUUCCAAUGACUGGGAGCACCUUUACCCAUGGGUGCCAGCUUGGGCCACUGACUGAAGGAACGUUGAACUAAAGGAACGUGUCUACCACUUUCCUGAAAACCUCUUUCUCUCUUAAUUCAUGAGCCAGCAGGAUGCAAUCGCUGCGCUUUCAGAACGCCUUCUCAUAGCUGCUUACAAAGGCCAAGCAGAGAAUGUGGUUCAGCUCAUCAACAAGGGCGCCAAGGUAGCGGUUACCAAGCAUGGCCGGACCCCAUUGCAUCUUGCUGCCAAUAAGGGCCAUCUCUCUGUCGUUCAGAUCUUGCUGAAGGCUGGCUGUGACCUCGAUGUCCAGGAUGAUGGGGACCAGACCGCCCUGCACCGUGCCACGGUGGUGGGGAACACCGAGAUCCUCGCUGCGCUCAUCCAGGAGGGGUGUGCUUUGGACAGGCAGGACAAGGAUGGGAAUACAGCCCUGCAUGAAGCAUCCUGGCAUGGAUUCAGCCAGUCAGCCAAGUUGCUUGUUAAGGCAGGAGCCAAUGUGCUUGCCAGGAACAAGGCAGGGAACACCGCUCUGCACCUGGCCUGCCAGAACAGCCAUUCCCAGAGUGCACGGGUCCUCCUCCUGGGCGGCUCCCGUGCGGACCUCAAAAACAACGCAGGCGACACCUGUUUGCACGUUGCCGCACGCUAUAAUCACUUGUCCAUCAUUAGGCUCCUCCUCAGUGCUUUCUGUUCUGUCCAUGAAAAGAACCAGGCUGGAGACACAGCACUUCAUGUUGCUGCUGCCCUAAAUCACAAGAAAGUGGUUAAAAUCUUAUUGGAAGCUGGAGCAGAUGGGGGCAUUGUUAAUAAUGCAGGCCAAACUCCACUGGAGACAGCCCGCUGUCACAAUAAUCCAGAAGUUGCUCUUCUCCUCACUAAAGCUCCCCAGGGUAGUGUCUCAGCAGGAGACACCCCCAGCAGCGAGCAGGCUGCACUCAGAAAAGAAGAAGCCAGAGAAGAUUUCCGGUCAGCCUCCCCAGAGCCCAAGGCAAAGGACAACAGGAGGAGAAAGUCAAGGCCCAAGGUGUCAGCCUUUUCAGACCCCACUCCACCAGCAGACCAGCAGCCUGGACACCAGAAGAAUGUGCACACUCAUAGCCACCCUAAAAAGAGGAGCAAGCAUCGGUGUUCAUCCCCACCACCUCCUCAUGAGUUUAGAGCUUACCAGCUCUACACGUUGUACCGCGGCAAAGAUGGCAAAGUAAUGCAGGCACCAAUCAAUGGUUGUCGAUGUGAACCUCUGAUCAGCAAGCUGGAGAACCAGUUGGAGGCAACUGUGGAGGAGAUCAAAGCUGAACUGGGAUCUGUUCAAGAUAAAAUGAAUAUAAAGCUGGGGCAUAUGGAGAACAAGACCCAACACCAAAUGCGGGUGCUGGACAAGCUGAUGGUUGAGCGACUCUCAGCAGAGAGAACUGAGUGCCUGAAUCGCCUGCAACAGCAUUCAGACUUGGAGCAGCAUGAGGGAGAGAAACGACAGAUGUCUUUGGUGGAUGAAUUAAAAAGCUGGUGCAUGUUAAAGAUUCAGAAUCUGGAACUGAAGCUUUCUGGAGAUUCUAGAGCCUCCAGGACUAAAUCUACACCAUCUACUUGUGAGUCCUCUACAGGUGCGGAUCCAUUGGUGGUAACCGCAGGUCCAGUAGCAGCCUCUGAAAGUUCCCCCCAGGUGGUUAGGCCCAAGGAAAAGGCUCUCAACUCCACCGCUGCCCACAGACCCCAGCAGGAGCUGUCUUCCUCUGACGGUGGUGGAGGGUCCCGACUGAGGAACGUAAAGGUCCAGACAGCUGCAAGUGAGGCAACCAAGUGUGAUCAGCAGGCUGGGCCCUGCGUGAACAGAAGUACCCAAACCAAGAAGUCUGGGAAAAGUGGGCAGACGAGGCAUCGAACCCAGCAACCAUCAUCCAGCAACAGCUGUGGGCCACUGUCAGCAGGAGCAGCAGGCAGUGAGCAGACUGCACCCCACAGUCGAGACACCUCACAAGCUCUGGAGCUUACUCAGUAUUUUUUUGAGGCUGUUUCUACCCAGAUGGAAAAGUGGUAUGAAAGGAAGAUAGAAGAAGCCCGAAGCCAAGCCAAUCAAAAAGCCCAGCAAGACAAGGCUACGCUGAAGGAACACAUUCAAAGUUUAGAAGAAGAACUUGCUAAACUAAGGACUAAGGUGCAGAAGGAAAAUUAGGACCUGGGAAAAUUUACAAGAAAGGGUUCUUGAGGAUUUUAGGCUUUGCAACUGCAGAAUACCUAUGCCCAAAGGUGGUGUGUGCACACAGUAGACUUGCUUUUGAAACAUCCCUACUUUCUGAAAUGUGCCAGACAUACGUUUCCUAUGCCCUGAAGUUACGAAGACUUCAACAAUUAAACUGAAACCAAGGGAAGCUUGCUUAGUUUCAGGUUUCUUUACAAACUCCAAACCUCAAUCCAGGUUCAUCUGGAGUUCAAAACCUCAGAUGAAGUGAGGUCCGCUGAGGAGCUGAACGAAGGUAACCCUAACCUCUCAGAUCCAGAUGUAUGAAAUAAUACAAAUCAAGGAGACAAAUCAAUCCCUUGUGAACUCAAGUCAGUUAUUCAGAUAAACACACCUGCUGUGCCUAGACAAG